AUGUUGGUCUUGGCACCUUUUGUUUUGUUGGUGGCUGCGGUCGCUGCGUUGGAAAAUCCGCAUCGUAAGGCUGCUGCUUUCAAACAGCCUGUCAAGAGUCUGCGCAAAAGAGAGGUCUCUGCUGUUCGGACUAAACAUCAGUAUUUGAAUAAGAAAACGGAAAAAUUCGCCGUGAAUGGAACUCACUUCCCACAGGUCCCGUUCGACAUCGGUGAAAGCUAUGCUGGUCUUUUGUCAAAUACGCCUGCUGGAAACUCGAGCUUGUUCUUCUGGUUUUCCCCUCUACCAAUCCAGCUGCAGAUAAAGAGGUACGUUGCCUUCAAUUUGUCCACGAGACUUCAUCUGAUUUCAUCUAAGAUCACUAUCUGGCUGAAUGGAGGCCCCGGAUGCAGCUCGCUUGACGGUCUUUUGCAAGAAAACGGUCCAUUCCUAUGGCAAUCUGGAGUCUACGAGCCCGUCCGCAACCCCUACUCAUGGACCAACUUGACAAAUCUUGUCUACAUCGACCAACCUGCCAGUACCGGCUUUUCUCCCGGACCAUCCACUGUCAAGAAUGAAAUCGACAUUUCAAACCAAUUCAACGACUUCUGGGUGAACUUUAUUGAAACCUUCAGCAUGCAAGGCUACAAGGUCCAUAUCACCGGAGAGAGCUAUGCCGGCCAAUACAUUCCAUAUCUGGCCGAAGGGAUGCUAAACCGAAACGACAAGAAACAUUUCAACCUAAAAGGCAUCCAGAUCAAUGACCCAUCCAUUAACGACGAUAGUGUCUUGAUGUAUGGUCCGUUAUCCCUCUACCCAAUACAAAUCUCCAUCCUAACCACCUCAAUAGCCCCAGCAGUAGCAGCAUUGAACCACUACUCCUCCGUCUUCGCCCUAAACGAAACCUUCAUGACGGAAAUCAACGACCGCGCCAACAAAUGCGGCUACACAAACUUCCUAGAAAAAGCCCUAACCUACCCCCCACCCAAGAAUUUCCCAACAGCCCCAAACCCCAACAAGCCGGGCUGCAACGUCUGGGACGAUAUUGUUAAAGCAGCAACAUACAUCAACCCAUGCUUCAACAUUUACCACAUAACAGACUUCUGUCCCUUCCUCUGGGACGAAAUGGGUUUCCCUUCGCUAGCCGGAGGACCAAAUAACUACUUCAAUUCUUCCGCCGUGCAAGCAGCCCUCAACAUCCCGCCAACAAACUACGCCGUCUGCGGCGGCGAUAUCUUCGAGGAUGGCGAUGGUUCACUUCCCAGUGCCCUCGGGCCAUUGCCUAGCGUUAUCGAGCGUACUAAUAACGUCCUCAUCGGUCAUGGAUGGUACGAUUACCUGCUGUUCGCUAAUGGGACGCUCGCUACGAUUCAGAAUAUGACUUGGAAUGGAGCGCAGGGAUUCCAGAAACCACCUAAUGGGCCUUUGUUUGUGCCGUAUACGGAUGCUCUUGAGAGUAUCGCCAAUGGGGAUUCAGGUAGUCCUUGGAAUUAUGAUGCUGGGGGUGGUAUUCUUGGAACGGCACAUACGGAGCGUGGUCUUACUUUCAGUUCAGUUUAUACGGCUGGUCAUGAGAUUCCGCAGUAUACCCCCGGUGCGGCGUACAGACAUUUGGAGUUCUUGCUGGGUAGGAUUGAGAAUCUUCAGCAAAAGGGGUCUUUCACGACUUUGUAA